UAGCGUCAGAGAAAGAUGAAGACCUACAGACUAAGAACAAUGUGGGGUCCUGUACUUGUGUACUAUCUGGGCCUAAUUCUGUGGUGUGAGGCCCAGACCUUAUGCAACACACAUUCGACAUUCAGAGCACCAUUGAACUCUGACAUAAAGGUGACAUGUGGCACGGAUUAUAUGGAGAUGAGCAUCUUUCUUUGCCCUGUCUACUUUGGUGGAUAUAAUUCCUCUCUGAUGGCCCUUAAUGCAAUGUUCUACAACUCGGAGUGUCGUGGCAUUCCAGACUGGACUGCUGACCCACCAAUCCUGAAAUUUAAUCUCUCGAUCACUGCAAAUGCUAUGACAGUUUGCAAGAACAAUUUUAAGGUGACUAGUGAAGUUGGGACUGGGGUCUUCGCCGACUUCUCCAGUGUCCAGUAUGUCAAUAUAUCUGGUAUAAUCAACUCCCUAGAUCCCAGUGCUGGUACCAUCACCUACCGUCAGCAGAUCAUGUACUUGUUCUCCUGUCGGUACCCUCUCCAGUACUUGGUCAACAACACUGAAGUGGCUGUAUCUGGCGUGAGUCUUGCAGUUAGAGACAAUAACGGCAGCUUUAUUAGCACACUGAGUAUGCAGCUAUACAGUAAUACAAACUUUACUCAGGCACUCAUUGUCCCUGAGAGUGGGAUCAAUUUGAAGACCAGGAUAUUUGUGGGGGUGAAAGCUACAAAUCUAACUGAAAGGUUCAAUGUGAUGCUGGACCGAUGCUAUGCCACAACAAGUCCUAUUCCCACAACAAACAGCACCUAUUAUGAUCUCUUUGUCGGGUGUAACCGUGAUGGACAGACAAAGGUUGAAGUAAAUGGAGUGUCUCAAAAAGCAUACUUCUCCUUUGAGGCCUUCCGUUUUGUGCAGCACAAGAACAUGACUGUCUCCACCUUCUACCUCCACUGUGUAACCCGCCUCUGCGAGGUGUCAACCUGCAAUGCCUUACUUCCUAACUGCUCUGCCGGAGCCAGGAGAAGGAGGGAGACUCAAGGCAGCCAGGGUGGGUCGGCUGACAGUGUUGCCACUGUGACCGCCGGCCCCAUUUUGACCAGAGUGGACAACGGUAAUAGUGAUACUGUGGUUCUUUCAGCUGCCUCCACCCAGUCUGAAGGCAGCUCCAUGGUCGCUGUGGCGGUCAUCAUAGCAGUGCUUGUUGUCAUUUGCGUGGCCAUGGCUGUGUUCAUUGGCUUGGCCAAGAGGAGGAAAUGGAUAAACAUUCACUGACCAGGGGCAGGACCUCUAGUCAGCAGCAGCCAGUGGGAGAUCACUGGAGUGCUUAGGACGUCUGUUGUGAAAAUGUAGAGGAAGCUCAUAAGCAGAAUGAGUAGAGAAAGGCUAUUAAGACCAUAUGAACACCACGUGGAGAGUGGUGGGAUGGAAGGAGGGAUAUUACGCUAAACUUCAUACACUUAAAUUUUUACAUGCAGUAUACGCUAUAGAGAUGUGCCAAAGCAGCAGUGCUCAAUGCAUGCACAUAUUCAUCAUAUUCAUAUAUAUAGUUCAACAUAAUAGAAUAAGGAGUGUGCCCAUUAUAUAUGAUUAUUGCUCCAUGCUAGCAUUGCUUUUUCUACAUAAUCAUUUGCAGUUACAGAUUAUUAAAGUAUUUUAUGAAUU